UAAAUAAAAGUUGCACCCAACAUUAUAUAUAUCAAGGCCUGAGAAAACUAUUAUAUAGUGCGAAUAGUUUGUAUUCCAAAAAUGAGCUAUGAAAUGGAAGAAUUACAAGAGAAUUGGAUUCCUCAUUCGGAAAUGGAUGGUGAAAAUUUCUUCAAUCAACAAAACCAUAUGAAAUAUUUGCAGGAACAAAUGUCAUACCCUUGUUCUACUCUUGUUGAAGCUUCUUAUAAUAACACCACAAAUUAUGAAAACCCUCUUAAUGUUUUUAUGGGAGAUAGAACAUGUCAAUUCAACAUGGUUGAUAUUGCUGCAGAAAAUAAUAUUCUAUCAACUCACAUUUUGCCUUUGAUUAAUUCACCAAUUGAUCCUGCUUUUCAAAGUGCUCAAGUGAAUCAUGGUUCGAAGCCAAUUAAGAGGAAGAUUAGAAGCACUUCUGAAACUGCUGAGCAUAUAGCUUCUGAGAGGAAAAGAAGAUUAAAAUUGACAAGGAAUUUCAUUGCACUUUCUGCUAUAAUUCCUGGCUUGAAGAAGACAGAAAAGUCUUACAUACUUCAAGAAGCAAUCAAUUAUAUAAAUCAACUUCAAGAACGUGUAAGAGAACUUGAAAUUGAAAAUGUAAAGAUAAAUAUAGCCUAUUCAACAAUGGUCGAUAAGAAACUACAAAACUCAAAAACUUGUGAAGCAAAUGUGGUUGAUAAUCAUAAAUUCAGUGAUGAAUUUGCACUGCCUGAAGUCACAGCAAGAGUCUCAGAGAAAAAUGUGAUGAUUAUGAUUCAAUGUGAGAAGAAGCAAAAUGAUGAUAUGGUGCACAAAAUAUUGAGCUUGGUUACAAAUCUUCAUCUAUCUAUAACAAGUUCCCACAUUUUUCCAUUUGGUGCUUCCACACUUCAAAUCACAAUUAUUGCUCAGAUGAAAGACGAGUAUAGCUUGACAAUCGAUGAUCUGGUGAAAAUCCUAAGGAAUGUACUAUUGGAGUCAAAUGGUGAUCAACAAUGACAAUUGCUUGUUUGUGGAAUAUUAAGAGAAGUUCAAACAUUGUUUUAUUUUUGUCUUUCUUUUUCUAAAAUAAAUUGUAACAUUGAGAAUCAUAUAUUUCUAUCAUCAUGUAUUAUAUGAGAAUUGGGAUAGGGAUUGUGCCUCUAGUCACUA